AUUUUGAUAACCAUUCAAGUUAUUUUAGGAUCAUAUUUUAUUUCUCUUCAAUUCAUGGAACUUUCUUAUUUCAUUCAAUAUUUGAUCACUUUAAUAGUUUACAUUAAAUUGAUCUAUUCAACAACAGAGUUGAAUCAACACCACCACCACCAACAACAACAACAACUAGAUCGUUUAGCAACAUUUUCAAUAAAAUUUCUAGAAUUUCAUAAUCAUGCACAUCGACGUAUUGAUGGUAGUUGUUGUGGUCGUCCUAAACAAUCAUCAUCUUCAUUAAUAACUACUAUAAAAGUAGAAACAGAAAUAUGUAAAGCAGAAUGUGCAUUAGAAUUUCGUAUUUGUAUUGAACCUUAUACAGUAAUUAAUAUAUUAUCGAAUAAUACAAAAAUUUAUAAUGGUCCUUGUAUGUACGGUGAAGUAUAUACUGGUCAUUGGGGUAAUACAGAUAUUACAUAUGGAUUAUUAGAAGCCAGUGUACACUCUAUUGGAAUUAUACAUCCAUGGCCGCGUUUAUUCACAGUAAUAUUAGAAGCAUAUGAUUUAGUUAAUCAAAAUGAAAAAUAUUUAAUUGAUCGAGCUAUACAUCGUGGUCUGUUACGUCCAUUAAUUUCUUCUACAAAACAAUCUACAGAUUGGCAUCAGGUUACUAUAUCAACACAAUAUUCCGGUUAUACAUUUUGUAUACAAUUAACAUGUGAAUUAAAUCAUUAUGGUAAUGAUUGUACAAAAGUAUGUCAAACAAAUGAUAAUCAUACAAAAUUUAAAUGUGAUGCAAAUGGUGAUAAAAUAUGUGAACCUGGUUGGAGUGGAACUGAAUGCGAUAAAGCAAUAUGCAAUAUUGGUUGUCAUCCAGUUCAUGGAACUUGUUCAAGACCAGGAGAAUGCGAUUGUUCAACUGGUUGGCAAGGUCCACUUUGUGAUGAAUGUAUAAAAUAUCCAGGAUGUAAACAUGGAACAUGUAAUGAUGCACCAUUUACAUGCCGUUGUUUACCUAAUUGGGGUGGAUCAUUUUGUGAUCAAGAUCUGGAUUACUGUGGACGACAUCAACCAUGUUUAAAUAAUGGAAUAUGUAGAAAUUUGAAUUCAUCAUAUUCAAAACCAUUCAAUUGUAGUUGUACACGUGAUUUUACCGGAGAAUAUUGUGAAAUAAAAUUGGCACCGUGUACAAAUGAUCCGUGUAAACGUGGUCGUUGUAUAUCAAAAGAUAAUAUCACUUAUGAAUGUGAAUGUCAACCAGGAUGGCGUGGUGAUCAUUGUGAAGAGAAUAUUGAUUAUUGCUUAAUCAAUACAUGUUUAAAUGGUGGAACAUGUCAAGAUUUAGAUGGUCCUGGUUUCCAAUGUUUAUGUCCAUCUGGUUUCAAAGGAUCUAAUUGUCAAUUAAGAUCACCAUGUAGUAAUUCACAAUGUGUACAUGCAGUUAAUUGUAAACAAUUAAUACAACCAGUGAAUGGGAUUGAUUAUGAAUGUAUGUGUCAACCUGGUUGGACAGGACAAUUUUGUGAUCAAAAUAUCGAUGAUUGUGUGGACAAAUGUCAAAAUGGAGGAACAUGUCACGAUCUUCUAGAUGAUUUCUAUUGUACUUGCCCAAUUGGAUUUGAAGGUAGACAUUGUGAAAUUAAUCGUGAAUGUUCUAGUAAACCAUGUCAAAAUAAAGGAAUUUGUCAUGAAAUUCCUGGUGGUUAUUUAUGUGAAUGUCCAAAUGGAUUUAUAGGACAAAAUUGUGAAAUUUCAAUAAAUGGAUGUAAUCCAAAUCUUUGUCAAAAUGGUGCUUAUUGUUAUACAUUAUCUAGUGGUUUCUAUUGUAAAUGUUCAGAAAAUUUUUAUGGACAAUUUUGUGAAUAUCAAAGACCAUAUUGUGGACCAGAUGGUUGUGAUACAUUAAUGGAUCCAUGUUUAACUAUGUUAAUUAUGCAUAAUAAUGAUACAUUCCCAUAUCCUUCUUCUUCUUCUUCUUCUUCUUCGUUGACGUUAACAUCUUCAGUAUUAACUCUUCAACAAUCAACAAUGAUUUUGAGAAAUUCAACUCAAUCAAAUUAUGAUAAUUUAUUAAUUAGUCAUCAUGAGAUCACAUAUCCUUAUGGUGUAUGUGGUCAACAUGGUACAUGUGUUAGUACAGAUAAUGGAGAUUAUAAAUGUAUCUGUGGAACUGGUUAUCAAGGAAAAUAUUGUCAUCAAUCAAUUAAUUAUUGUGAAACUAUGCCAUGUAUGAAUGAUGGUACAUGUAUAAGUGGUUUAGAAGGUUAUGAAUGUAUAUGUGAAGAAGGAUUUAGUGGUGUGCAAUGUGAACAUCCUAUUGAUUUAUGUCAACCAAAUCCAUGUCAAAAUGGUGGCUAUUGUCAGCAUACAUUACAUCCAGGAGAUUUUCAAUGUCGUUGUGCACCAGGUUGGUCUGGUCGUUGGUGUGAAUUUCAAACAGAUAAUCCAUGUAAUAUGGCUAAAAUUUGUUUUAAUAAUGGUAAAUGUCAUCAAGAUCAUUUAAGUCCUGGACUAUUUAAAUGUGAAUGUGAUAAUCAAUGGAUUGGAUCUGUUUGCCAGUUACGUCGACCAGAAACAAGAUCAUGUGUACAAAAAAAUCUAUGCAAAAAUGGUGCUACAUGUGUUGAUUUAGGUAACAGUUUCAAUUGUAUCUGUCGUCCUGGUUUCGAUGGUCAAUAUUGUGAAAAUGAAAUUAAUGAAUGUAAUUCAAUGCCAUGUUAUAAUAAUGGAACAUGUAAAGAUCUUAUUAAUUCUUUCGAAUGUGAUUGCCCUAAAGGUUUCAUUGGAACAGACUGUAGAAUAAACGUUAAUGAAUGUGCUUCAUAUCCAUGUUCAUUUGGAUCAACUUGUAUUGAUCGUGUUGGAACAUAUGAAUGUAUUUGUCCAGAACAACGAUAUGGUCGACAUUGUGAAGAAGUGAUCAUUGAAACAGAACCAAAACCUCCAGCAUGUAAUUUUUAUGGUCGAAUUUAUGAUCAUAAUGACAAUUGGACUUAUAGUUGUCAACAAUGUCAUUGUAAUAAAGGACAAAUUAUAUGUACUGAUGAUUUCUGCGGAUAUUGGUCAUGUUUACAAAUUAUUGGACGAAAUGAUCGUUUCGCUUGUAAAAAUGGUGAAAUAUGUCAUAUUAUCUCAUCAAAUAGUUUGAAUAAUAAUGAUUGUUUUGUACCACCAUGUUAUUUACGUACAAUUUGUUUAAAUGCUAGUCAAUCAAUACAGGGACAAUUAAAACAAUUAUUACCUAAUUAUUAUUUUAAACAAUCAUUACCGGGUUGUCGACCAAAUAGUUUUAUAUUAAAUAAUCAUUGUGCUAGAUUAUUAUUACAUUUUUCUAAAUUACGUAUGUCAUAUUCAACGACUAUUGAUGAUAUAUGUAAUGCUGUAAAAAAUUUACCAUCAUUAAAAAAAUAUCAUCACUAUGGUAGUAGUAGUAGUAGUGGUGGUGGUGAUGAUGAUGAUGGGGGUCGUGGGAAAUUGGAUAUCGGUAUAAGUUGUGAUAUAAAAGCUGGUUAUUCUAUAGAACAACAAAAUAUAAUAGAAGUAACACUUAGUUCAUUGAAUGAUCAAGUUCGAAUUGGUCCAGAUGGUAGAGAAUAUUCAUUUAUUCAUGAAUUAGCUAGAAAUUUAUCUAAAGAAGCUUAUUUAGCUGCAUCAACUAAUUUAAAAUUACGUAAAGACAAUUUGAAACUAUUCAAUAGUGGAAAUGACAUGAAUUAUGAGUUUGCCAAUAAUGACAGUAAUCAUGAUGAUGAUGAUGAUGAAGGCAUACCGUUACCACCGAUGUCUAUGAUUUUAGGCACUGAUCAAUUAGAUGAUUAUUGGCAUAGAGUAUUGCUUGGUAUAGUCGAAAUUCAAGUUGAUACAAUGGUUGUAAAUGAAAAUGAUUUUGGUCCACGUUUAUUAGUUCCAAUAGUAUGUGCUACAAUCUUAAUUAUUGCAUCAAUAUGUAUCUUUAUAAUAUGUUGUUAUUCUCAAAGAAAACGUCGUGAACUUCUUAUGAAAUAUACAACAACAAUAGCGCCUAAUAAUGAACAAUCAUCAAAUUUAAUACAAGAUAUAUCAGAAAGUAAUAAUACAACAAAUCAUCAUCAUUUCAAGACUAUAACACAUCCGAUCAAUAUAACACCGACUAAUCAAAACUAUACUUCAUAUCAUCCAUCACAAUUAUUAUGUGAAUCAUCAUUACAAACAAGACGAUUUCUAUCACCAGAAUUUCAUGGAAGACGACUAUUACUUCAUAAUGAUAAUAAUAAUAAUAAUAAUAAUAAUAAGGUAGUAAGAAGAAUAUCAAUAGUCAUAUUCCACCAGGAAUUUGUACAAUCAAUACAAAUCGUGUAAAUAUGAAUAAAUCCAGUGGAACAGUUGUGAUUUAAGUGUUACGUAUAUAUACAUGAAGUUACUAAAAAGAUUGAAGAUGGGCUCAAUGAGAGAUUGAAGAUUUCUUAACCGAGUUUCAAAUGAAAAUUACAUCAUACACUCUUAGUAUUGAUUUUUAUAAUGCAUCAUUGUACAGAUUAUUUUAAAGAGUGAACCAUUUCUUUUUCUGGUGAAUUCUCUAAUAAAUGCUCUUUGUAGUAAAAAAGAUAAUUAAUCAAAUAUGAUGUAGGAUAUGGCAUCAAUGUAACUUACUUACGUCUAUUACUCCUCGUGGAGAAGCAUAGGCCGCCUACCAGCACUCUUCAUCUAAACCUGUCGUAGGCAAUCCUUUCCAACUCCUUCCAGUUCUUAUUCAUCCUUUCCAUAUCUGCUUAUAUUUCUCGACGUAAUGUGUUCUUUGACCUUCCACUUUUCCGCUUUCCUUAACGAUUCCAAGUUAGGGAUGGCCUUGUGAUGCAGUUUGGUGAUUUCAGUAAUGUUUGUCCUAUCUACUUCUAACAUCUUUUCUUCAUUUUCUCUUCGGUUGGAAGCUGAUUUGUUCUCUCCCACAGACGGAUGUUGUUGACGGUAUCCGGCCAAUGGAUGUUGAGUAUCUUGCGUAGACAACUAUUCAUAAAUACUUGUACUGUUUUGAUGAUGGUUGUAGUAGUUCUCCAAGUUUCAGCUCCGAGCAGUAGAACUGCCUUGACAUUCUUAUUGAAGAUCCUCACUUUGAUAUUGGUUGAAAGUUGUUUUGAGUACCAUAUGUCUUUCAAUUGUAGGAAUGCGACCCUUGCUUUGCCAAUCCUCGCCUUUACGUCUGCAUCUGAUCCUCCUUGUUCAUCGAUGAUGCUUCCUAGGUAAGUGGAGAAUUUCACAUCCUCCAGAGUUUCGCCAUCAAGUAUGAUUGGGUUGAUGUUCUCCGUGUUGUAUUUGAGGACCUCGGUUUUUCCCUUGUGUAUGUUGAGACCUCAUAAUUCAGAGGCUACUGCUACACUAUUUGUCUUCAUCUGCAUAUGAUAACAUCAAUGUACGUUGACAUAAUUUGCUACAAACUACAGCGUAAAAAAGAUUAAAUGAAUAAAAUAUAUAAAGUAGAAGUUAAGUGGUGAUCUAUGAUGGUAGAAAAACAUAGCACAGAUAAUAUAAUUGAACUUUGAACACUUACUACCUACUUACGUCUGUUACUCCUAAUGGAGCAUAGUCCUCUGACCAGCAGUCUCCGACCCAUUCUGUCCUGAGCCUUUCUUUCUAGUUCUAUCCAAUUGUUGUUUUUUCUUCUCAUGUUUUUCUGUUUCCACUUCUCGGCGUAACGUGUUCUUUGACCUUGAGAAAUGCAAGUGAGGUCUUGCCUAGAAGCCCAUCUGGGGCUACUGCCGGUCCCAUGCGCGGGUAAAGGGGGAGAGUUGGCGACCCCAUCCCGUAGAAAACUAACUCGCU